AUGCCCGUCAAAGGAGUUCGGGUGCUACCAGACAUACCGAAGAAUAUGCCAAACAUGGAGAUCUUGAUCCAGGAGUUUGAAACUGGCUUCUGUUCGAUGUCAACCAACCAGGAUACUGCAUCGAAAUCGUUAACUUCGAACGACGGCAAUUUCGUCAAGAAGCUCGUCAAAGCUUACGAGUCAAGCGUAAGAGCGUCUAACGAGAAUAGUCAGAGAGAGGGAAAUAAAGAAAAAUUCAAUUUCUUUAACACUCUUGAUGUUAUUCAUAAUCAGAAGAACGUAGAAAAAAAUGACCCGAGUCUUGCGAUAUACGAUACGCCCAACUCGCAAUGUCAAAAUAAUUUAAGUAAAAAAUCCAAGAUCUUUUUGACUUCGUUUGAGGAAUGCGAAGUCGAAGAUGAUUUUGUAAUUGUUAAUCGGUAUCGUUCGGAAAGCGAUAAAAGACCAGUUUCGAUGACAUGGCCGCGAUCCUCUUCUAAGAUCAACAUGUACAGCUCCAUUGACGAUGAUAUAUUGAUGAAUGUACAGUCCAAUUCCUCGAAGAGGAAUGAAACGUGGGACCUGAGAAAGGGAGACAUAAAAUUGGAGGAUAACUCGAUGAAGAGUAAAUUAAUGAUUUGCUCAAGUCCUUUGGAGGAUGUUGAAGACACAAACUUGGACCGCGAGGAUCCUCUUGACGAUAUCUUGACAAGCUCUUGCGACUCGAGCAGCAAUAACAGCUAUAGAAACUUACAAGCCGACCUAUACGACUUCGAAAACGAACAAUGGCAACUCUCCUCGACCUCAUUGUCAUCGUUGUCAUCUUUCUCGAGAUCGUCAUGCAACAAUCCGUUAAGUAUAAAUAACGAUCUGUUGGAUUCAUCUUUCCAAGACAUAACCGUUACAUCUUCUAAAAAUAUUUCAAAAAACCAAGAGAAUCUUCAGAAUUUCAAACCGGUUCCAAGUUCGUCGUCUAACUUUGACCGGAAGUCGCUGCCAGUAAUCGGCGCUUCGCUGAGUGAAGAUCAACCGAUCAAAAUUAACGACGAUACGUGCGUAACAUGGAUAUCAGCGUUAGGCGAGAAACUGACGCGAAAGAAACCGCUGAAAAAGUUACUAAAUUCGACAUUCUAUACUAAACUAUUGAAUUAUAAGAAAGUCUGGAAAAAAUCGACGGAGAAACAACCGAAUGAACGUACUUCCGAUUCGGGAUUUAUCGAUCGAUUUUUGUCUUCGUCUUCUUCACAGAAAUCCUGGCACUCCGAUCCUGAUGAAAAGCCGCCGACCUUCAGUACCUUCGGUCGCACUAAAAAUGAUUGCGUCAAUAACAAGAUCCGGUUCAAGAGUUCUCGUAUGGUCUUAACCGAAGUGCCCUGCACGACCACUGCCUACAAAGAGAACCACCAGAACAUCGAAUCUUCAUUGAAAAGCAUGAUGCCUGCAAAUUCUUCGACGUUGAAAGUCUCCUGCGGAUACCCGCCGCUUCUUAAGCACCCUUAUUUGACCCGAAACGGGAUCCCCAAACACCCCUUCGUCACGAAGACAAAGCUGGAUCAAACAAUAGAGAAGGAGUCAGGUGACGAGGAGAUGAGAUACGACGCGAAGGAAUGUAAAUCUGAAUUGGAAUCUUCAAGUAUGUCGCUUGUGUCUCAAGUUGAUCUUAACAUCUCAUUCUCCAGAAUGUCCGAAUGGUUAACUUCAUCUCCAAACAACUGCGAUCUGUUGAGAUCACGUUUGUGUAAAUCAACGUCAGCACUCGAUGGGCUUGUUCUUCAGCAGACACCGGUCCAUAAUGUUCCCAUGUUGUGCAACUUCAGCACGAAUUUCUUAUCUGCCAUACACAAUAACAUGCAGGGAGAGCCUUGCACGCGUUAUGCCACCAUUAGUCCGAAGAAUUUAAGAUUUUCCAUAUCACGGGAGAAAUCACAAGCGAUCGAAAGGUGUUUCGACAUCUAG